CACAGUAGCAUUCAUAAGCGAUUUUCUCUCUCUCCCGGAAACCAUCUCUUCUACCACAAACACUAAAUGACUAAAAAUUUUGUUCAACUUUAGUGUUAGGAGAGUGUUGUUUGCCGCACUCACGGGAGGAUUUCAUGCACUUUCUUAAAAUGGAUGGAAUAAUGGGACUUUUUCAUUCUGUGAUUUUGGUUAUUGCGCUUGUGGUGGUCGGUGAGAGCCGUGUGGUGAAGGUUCCUGUCGGCCCUCUGGUGCGCGUCGAGGGACAGGCCGUCUCCAUCCGCUGCGAUGUAUCUGACUACGAGGGACCCCGAGAUCAGCACUUUGAUUGGUCUAUGGUCCUCACCGGUGAUAAACUGCUCCCGCUCGUCUCCACCUUAGAUGAUAGAUUCACCGACCCUACAGUGAAGGACCGGGUCAACAGUGGUGACAUCGGUUAUAAGAGGCUUGCAGAUAACGCUGUGGAGCUCAGAUUCAAGAAGGUCAGAGCGACGGACAGUGGCUUGUAUCGCUGCGGCAUGCCCAGCACCGACUCAGUCAUCAGCGGGAACUACGACGCCGAUGUGGAGCUCAAAGUGAUCGGGGACAGUCUGAAGGUUUCUUCAGCCAUUCCCAAGUCAGAGGUGUCCGAGGGAGAAUCAGUGGAGCUUCAGUGCAACGCAACACGGGGCUUCACGGAGUACACCUUCCUCUCCCUCACCUGGUCCAUCAGGAAAGGGAACGGCCCAUUGGAGGAAAUCUUGACGUUUGGGCCGGAUCAUAAGAUCACAGUUGGAAGCAUCUACACUCAACUUUACACAGACGGCGGGCUUCGCUUGGACCUUCAUGGAGGUGGCUUUUAUGGACUAGUCCUGAAGAGAGCAAAGCUGUCAGACCAAGGGGUGUAUGUGUGUACGGGCCGAGAGUGGGUGAGGCAGGGAGAAGGAGGAAGAAUUUGGAGGAAGAUUCUGGAGAAGUCUGAGGAAAUGGGGAAGGUUGUGGUUACAAAAAUAAUGAUGGAAAGUAAGUUUUGUGUAUGACUGAUGUAAUUCUUUUAAUUGGUAUAAUUCUUUGUUACAUAUAAAUAUUUUAAUCUGUCCCAUUGUUGAUAAAUAUAAUAAAUUUGCAAUUACCCUGCUUUUUUUGAUUAUUUUUGCUGUUUACUAAACUUACUUAGCUAAAGUAUUGAACUGAAACUGAAAAUACCU